GGGGAGAGAGGGGCACCGGGUAACGCCAUUUUCACGCACCGCGCAGUCAGUCAGUCAGUCAGUCAUCCAGCCAGUGGACCAGCAGGCUGUCAUCCUCAUGGGCGACUAGUCGGCUGUUUAUUUACCCCCAUGAAGCGGCUGUCGGGUUAGUUUCACGGAGCUGUUCCUGCCAUGGAGCCACAGGGGGCCAGGCUUCUCUUGAAUGGCUCAGACUAAAGCCUGUGUUUGACAGAUAGGUGGCUAGCUAUGUAGCUAGCUGGUCAUCAUUAACGGCGGUUGAUGCAGUGAAGCCCAGUCGGCGAAACAUACCCCAGGCGGAUUGGAAAUUCUGUCUGAUAACUUAGUAGUUUUUUUUUUGUUACACCUACUGGCAGACAUUGUCGGCGAAAGGAACAACACGUCCAUCUGAAGAAAGGUGUGAUUUAAAAGGGAAAGAGACAAGGAAAAGCAGCGUUACAGUCUAGCUACAGUGGCAACGGAUGUCCUAGAGAACGAAUGCGUGAGGACAUGUCCACCAUGGUGUGCGUGAAGGAGGAGGAGGACCCUGGGGAGAAGCUGUCCCAGGAUGAGAUCAUCUCCCGGACCAAGCAGGUGAUCCAGGGGCUGGAGGCCCUGAAGCAGGAGCACCACUCCAUCCUGGAGGGCCUGCUGGGCACGCUGCGCUGCCUGAAGCAGGAUGAGGAGGGCGUCCUGGUGGAGGAGAAGUCCCACAUGAUCCGCAAGUCCCUGGAGAUGCUGGAACUCGGGCUGAGCGAGGCACAGGUGAUGAUGGCGCUGUCGAGCCAUCUGAGCUCGGUGGAGUCGGAGAAACAAAAGCUCCGAGCUCAGGUACGCCGGCUCUGCCAGGAGAACCAGUGGCUGAGGGACGAGCUGGCCGGGACGCAGCAGAAGCUGCAGAAGAGCGAGCAGAGCGUGGCCCAGCUGGAGGAGGAGAAGAAGCACCUGGAGUUCAUGAACCAGCUGAAGAAGUACGACGAGGACCUGUCUCCAUCUGAGGAGAAGGACUCUGACUCCAGUAAAGAGACUCUGGACGAUCUUUUCCCGGAUGACCAGGAUGACCAAGCCCCAGGCAUCCAGCCGGCUCAUGGCAGCGCUGCAGCAGCGGCUGCCCAGCAGGGAGGUUAUGAGAUCCCAGCUCGUCUGAGGACCCUCCACAACCUGGUGAUCCAGUACGCCUCCCAGGGCAGGUAUGAGGUGGCUGUGCCUCUCUGCAAACAGGCCCUGGAGGACCUGGAGAAGACCUCUGGACACGACCACCCAGAUGUGGCCACCAUGCUCAACAUCCUAGCCCUCGUUUACAGGGAUCAGAACAAAUACAAGGAAGCAGCCAACCUGCUGAAUGAUGCUCUGGCCAUUAGGGAGAAGACUCUCGGCAGGGACCAUCCAGCUGUUGCUGCCACCCUCAAUAACCUGGCUGUCCUGUAUGGGAAGAGAGGGAAGUACAAGGAAGCAGAGCCCCUGUGCAAGAGAGCGCUGGAGAUCAGAGAAAAGGUGCUGGGGAAGGACCACCCAGAUGUGGCCAAGCAGCUGAACAACCUGGCCCUGCUGUGUCAGAACCAGGGCAAGUAUGAGGAGGUGGAGUACUACUACAUGAGAGCGCUGGAGAUCUACCAGACCAAACUGGGCCCCGACGACCCCAACGUGGCCAAGACCAAGAAUAACCUGGCGUCUUGUUACCUGAAGCAGAGCAAGUUCAAGCAGGCUGAGACUCUCUAUAAAGAAAUCCUCACCCGCGCUCACGAGAGGGAGUUCGGCUCCGUUGACGAUGAGAACAAACCAAUCUGGAUGCAUGCUGAGGAGAGAGAGGAACAAAGCAAGGGGAAGCAGAAGGACGGCUCACCAUUUGGAGAAUAUGGAGGCUGGUACAAAGCCUGUAAAGUCGACAGCCCCACGGUGACCACCACCCUGAAGAACCUGGGCGCCCUCUACAGGCGGCAGGGCAAGUUCGAGGCGGCAGAGACUCUGGAGGAAGCCGCCAUGCGUUCCAGAAAGCAGGGUCUGGACAAUGUGCACAAGCAGCGUGUGGCUGAGGUCCUGAGCGAGCCGGAGGCCCGCGAGAAGCAGCGUAGCCGCGAGAGUUUGACCUCUGACACGGUGAAGUACGAGAGCGGGCCGGACGGUGGCGAGGAAGUGAGUAUGAGCGUGGAGUGGAACGGGGACGGCUCCGGCUCUCUGAAGAGGAGCGGCUCCUUCAGUAAACUGCGAGCGUCCAUCCGUCGCAGCAGCGAGAAACUCGUCCGCAAGCUGAAAGGCGGCGGCUCGUCACGAGACAGUGAACCCAAAAACCCUGGCAUGAAGCGAGCCAGCUCUCUGGGGGUUCUUAACGUGGCGGACAAGGCUGCGAGUGACCACUACCAAGUAAGAAGCCGAGACCCGAGUGUCGAGACCCGGGUCCAAAAGUAUCUGCCGAGGGUCUGACUGUUGGUGACGGAACGAAAUAAUCGUCUGAGGAAUAGUCGGGACCUGAGUGCCAGCCACACUGACCUGGCGCGUUGAAGGUCUUCGAGGUGACGGACGGAGGCUGAGAGGUCACGGAGGUCAUGAGGGAUCGACUUCCUGUCCAGACUCCGGACCCCUCCUCACUGUAAAUAGCUGUUUGUGAAAGCUUCGCCUCGCCCACGUUACACUUCAGCAUCACACCACCAAGUGCUCACUGUACAGGUUUUAAUCUUCCAUUGCACUUUUAAAGGUCCGUGCUCUCAGAGGACGGGGGGGGGGGGGGGGGGGUUAUCAGAACAUAUCGAGAAACAGGAGGAACACGAACAACCUGUAUGUGUUUGAUUUGAGUGUGUAAAUCUUUUCUGUCUAAUUCAAUGUGCGUAUACUGUAUGUGAGUGUGUGCUGGCGCGAGUGAUCGCUCUCUCAGAUCAGCUGUUUGUAAUAUUUUACGCUUCUCUCUCACUUGAAUGAAGGCAGACGUAGAGUUUAAGUUUCACAAACAUUUCUGACGCUGAGGCAAAAAACACAAAGUCGCUGGUUGAGUUAAACUGUCGUGAGUGAAGCCAAAGAGCUGCAGAGUUCAAGUUCACUAACAAACACAUUAACUUUAAUAGUUUAAAGUUGAUUCACUCUCUAAAAUCUGUCGCCAAAAUCACCUGAGUCCUCAUACAAGUUGAUAUUUAUUUUUGAUGGAGGUUGUUGGGCCUGGAUGCAGCCUGAAAAAAAUACCUGCAGACACAACUCAGGGCUGAAAAAAGCACAAAACAUUUUUUAAUUUACGUUAAACAUUCUGCUAAAGAGGUGCAAGAGCUGAGCAUGGAGCACCUCAGGAAAACAUGAGGUGCGUAGACAGAAACAAAAACAAGUGCAAAACAGACAGGAUGAUGUCAAAUGUGUUUCUCAGCUGCUGAAGUUUCCGGUCGACACACUCGCUCUCACUGACGCUGUUUGGCUUCACACACUGAGGUUGAAUCCAGCAGCCAGAACGUUUCUGCCUCUGAGAAAAUGUUUGAACGACUCUACGCAGAACUUGUCCAGCAAUGACGUCUUUCAGGAGGCCGACCCGGACGUUAGCUUAGCUCUGCGCUCACUCUGCAGGUUUCCACUCUUCAAACUUCUGAACUGGGUUUUUGAUUAGUUUACAAAAAAAAAAAAAAACUUCAGGCGCAAAUAAUGAUUUAUGAUAUUCACACAUUUUGUUCAGUAAGAAAUUCUUCACAAAUCAACAGAUAUUUAAACCACAGAAACUGAAAUUCACAGACUGUAUUUUCUGGAUUAAUUAAAAACCCUUUGAGACAAAGAUGCUGGAAACCUCCAGAGGAAUCCACAUCUCAAACGUCUCCUGGUUUUAGGAUGACUGACUCUGUUUCCUAAAACGUUCCGUCCUGUGUUGAUUGAAGACUUUUGCUUUUGAUGUAUGAAGUUCUAUGUUUACAUUUGGGGGUUUUUAAAUGAUGUUUAAUUUGUGUCUUGUCCUUCCGCUGCUCUGAAGAGUUUCUGUUUAUAUCUGUCUGUAAUCAGCCUUGAGAAAGCAGCAGCUGUCUCCUCUGCUUCAGAGUAAAAGCGGCAGGAUCGCUGCGUUUAUUGGCACAUGACGGCCGGCCGACACUCUCAGGACCGAGGCUGUAGUUUCACACACUGACUGCAAAGUUAAUAUCACUCCUCACUUUCACACACAAAUUCCAAGGUAUAAUGUUAAAACUCAAGACAACACUUUACCAUGUGAGUGAAGUUGAACAAAUCCAACCAAAAAAAAAAAAAAAAUGCAAAUUAUGAAUUAUUUAAAUGAAGUUAGAAUAAUUCCUGAGUAUCUUCAGAGGAGAUUUAAGUUGAAAAUAUAUAUAUAAUAUAUAUAUAUAUAUAUAUAUAUAUAUAUAUUUGCUAUUACCAAAAUAAGAGGGACUAUUCCUCCUUUAGCUAUAGUUAGAUAUAGUUUAAUAAAUAUAUAUCACUGUAUACCAGUGAUUCACUUUGAACUCAUUAGAUCCAAAGUGUUUAUAAAAACUGGAAUUUAAUGUAAAGAUGAAAACAUGCAUCAAUAAACGUGCAUUAUUACAAAAGCUGGAUCGAAAUCAAACAUAAUCCUGAUCAUAAAAAGUUCAUUGUUGAUUUUACACAUCAGCUUUUUUAUGUCAAAACAUUUUCAGUAUUUAAAAUCUGACAAAAAAUGUUGCUACAAUUGCAAAUAAACAUCCAUUUAUUCAGAGAUGAACUGUAUCACCAGUGUCCACAGCUGCUUUAUUAUACAUUUUUUAAUAAAGGCUGAAAGAGUCUUUAUGCAGAUGUGGGUUUGCAGAUGUUGUUUGUACUUUAGUGAAAGAAAACUUGCAUAGUUCAAAUAAACAGGGUCGUUUAAAUCAACUGCAAACGUCCAGCUGGUCAGCGGAGGACAUGUUCCCUCAAAUAAAGACGAGAAGUGAUUGAAACUCUUCUUAAAACAAGGAGAGGAGGCGGAUUUCCAUUCCCAUGGUACCUCAAUAUGAAUGCAGACAUGAUACCUGAGUUUAUCUUACACUGAGAAAUAUAAAACCAAAAGAAGCCAAAGUUCUGAAAUGUUAAAAACUGUCUAAAAACAAGCAGCUGUACAAGAGCUUUGCUUAAAUAAGGUACAGUCUCUAACUGGUUUGUUUUUUUUUUUAAAAUAAAAUCAGGAACUAACUGAUAAAAGAAUAAGUUAAAAGAGUUUACAAAUCUGAUCAAACGUUCGAGUCCAGUUUGUACAGACACAGUUCGGCCUUUACGUAAAACAGUACCCAGCAGUAAUCAGGUUUAAUCAUCAUCCUACUUAAAGGAGUUUCAGGAUUUUAAAUUCUUUAAAUCAUCUUUAGACCGAAUUCAUCUUGAACAAAAGAAUCCUGGAUUUCCAGAAUAAUCAAAUAAUGUGGAAGAACAACCAGUCACGAAAUGAAAUCCCACUUUACAUGAACCUAGGUUAUUUUUAUACUGACCUGAUCACAUCAGAUUAGUGACCGAUACGUUUGCUGCAUUGUAACGUGUUUGUUUUGUUUUGCGAAGUUCGUUUUUCCUGCAGAGGUUUGAUGAACGUGUAGUCUUUGGCAGGGCUGUGCAAUAAGCUUUUGUUUGACGUUAACACUCGUUUAUUUGAAGAACUCUUGACAUGUUACAGUUUCUGGUUGUGAUUUGUAAAUCUGAAGAUAAUUAAUGAACAUCUGAACCUAUGCAGAGAUUUUAUGUAAAGGCUUUUCAUUCCAAGACAUUAUUAUACUGUAUAUCCCCAAAUACAUUAUUAUCUGUUCUCAUUUCCCAAAUAAUAAAAAACAAAGAUGAAGCUCUGAAGCGUAAAUAUAAAAGCUGAGUAGAUUUGAUAAUUGAAUAAUAAGGAUUGUCAUUUAUUCCUUGUGUGCCUGCAAUAAUUUAGUCAUAGUAUUUUUUUUUAAAUGUCAAAUAUCUCAUUUUGGAAUUAGAUUCUUAUUUUUUUUUUCUUUAUAUUGAUGAUCUUACUGACACUGUUUGACACUAAAGGUCAGAGUGGAGUGUGUUGAAGCUUCGUGUUGACUGUUGAUCAGUCCGCUCAUCAACCUGCUUCCUUUGUCUUUAUUGUCUUAAUGUAGAAGCUCCACAAAGUAACGAGGCACAUAACUUAAUAAUGUCUGAUGGUUUUGAUGAACUAGGCGACAGUUUGGGCAACAACUUCAGCAACAGGCAAAUUAAAAGGUUUUUAAAGUUCUGACUGUCACUUAAACAAGAUAAAUUCAAGGUAGCUGUAUAUGGCAGCAAAGAUAUAAUAAUAAUAUACACACAACUUUUAUGAUUUUGUGCAUUUUAAUAAUGAUUUAAACAGUAUUUUCACUUAUGAAUUUGCUUUUAUUGUGACACUUGUAUUUGUUAAAACUGUUAAAAUUCUUCUCUUUAAAACAUUUUAUUAUGGUAAUACUUCCAGGUAAGAACGGUAAUUGUACGUAUAUACUGACUUGUAUCAUCAGAAACACUGUCGCCCAGUUUUAGGUCAAAGUUGCUCCGACUGUUGCCCUCUCCAUCGCUGCUGUUACGUUUUAAAGAUGAGCAGCAGAGAGAGAAAUUGACAUAUCACAGGAAGGAAAUCUUAAAAAUCCGUCCUGAAACUACGAUUUCUAAUCAAUUUUUACUACACAAAAUGAUUUCUGAGUGGUGAUUAUGAUGACAUGAAUGUAAAUGUGUGAUUUAUGAAAGCACAGAAAGGUUUUAUUUGGCUUUAUGUGUGUUUCUUGUUAAAGCAGUGAAGGUAAAAGUGUAACAGUCUGUCCUUUUGUUGUUGUUGUUGUUGUUGUUGUUGUUGUUGUUGUUGUUUUCUCCUCCCAUGCCUGUGGACCAUGUUGUUGUGUGGAGCGGUCAUGUGGAUGGUUGGACAAAGUAUUUUCUCAGGUGGGGACAAAAAAUAGUUUUAUAGUGUAAACACAGCGCCCUCUAUCACCCCCUAUAGAACUGCAGCAAUACUGAUAGAGCUUUACCACUAUUACUAUAAAUAAAUAUAAAUGUAAUGUGCCAUCAGAUAUGUCAAGUGCAUUAGUUGUGCCUAUUUAUCAGACACCUAGUUACCAUGGCAACAUAUUGGAUGCUGCACCCUCAUCAUGCACCGCUCCACAACUCAAGAGGCUCCUAAAUUGUUUUUCGUGUAACCUGUAAUUAUUUUAAGGACACUGUUGUUCCACGAGACACCAAUGCAGAACUUUUGGCUCCAUGUAAAAUAUGAAACACAACCGUCCUCUGUAUAUGUUGUCUAUACAGUAAAUAAACAAAUGGUCCUGGAUGAGACUGGCAUUCGUGA